AUGGAGAACCAGUCGUUGGCAGAAGGGCAGAUGGGCUUGUAUCGUAUGGUACAACUUGAGAUCAUGGGUGCUCGACAUGCAAUGAGAAAAGAGCAGAUGACAUACGUGAAGCCUCAGAGAGCACACAGGCGAAUGAUGGUAUCUCCAGCCCAGUUGAACCAGAACUGCCCCGCAGAGGUCUUUGGCUUGGUGCAGAUCGUUCUGGCUUCUCAGCACAGCCUCGUCCAAGACCUCCGAGUAAGAACUGGGGACAGCUUGGACGUGACCUUCCAGGAAAGGCUUACAGGCUUCGGAGCCAAUCAGCUCCCGGAGUUGGUGCAGUUGAUUGAAACCAGGCACUCGCAGUUCAGCCCUGUUUCCUUAUGCACAGCACUCCAUCGCUUGGCCACCUUCCCGGCAGGUAACAAGCAGUACCAACGCUGUUUGGGUUUGCUGUCGACUCUGGAGUCUCAAGUUCGUGAGCGGCCUGACAGGUUCAGAGCACAGAGUGUGGCCAAUGCGUGUUGGGCAGUUGCCAAGCUCCAGUGGAACGCCAAUUCGCUUUUGCAGGCACUUAUUGAGAUGGCUCAGAAAAGAGUAGACGACUUCAAGCCGCAAGAGCUGUCCUUAUUCUUGUGGGGCAUUGCCUCCUCUGGUGGUGUGUCCAAAGCUUAUGAAGCUGCAGCGGCAGCGACAAUGACAUCGGAGUUCCUUCGCCGCGGAAGUGGCAGGUUCGACGCUCAAAGUACUGCAACCCUUGCGUACGCCGCGGGAAUUCUGCUGGUCACUAGCGAACCAUUCUGGUCGGCCCUGGAUGUGGGCUCUGCCAACCGCGUUCUAGAGUUCAGCGAUAGGCAGCUGGCAAACCUUGUUUGGGGAUUUGCAACAGUGGUUUACACCGACUGCACCACUGUCUUUACAAGAGUGGCGAAGGAGGCCCCAAUUGCCAAGCUGGCACCCAUCGAUUUAAGCUUGGUGGCUUGGUCUAUGGCCAAAGUUUCUCAAGGAGGACAAGACUUUUACGAUCAAGUUGCAGACGCCGUUUGCGCCAAGCGCAGCGACUGGAAGAUGAGUGACCCCAGAAACAUCGCAACUUUGCUCUACUCAUUUGCACUUGCAGAGCAAGCAACUUGCCACGACGGAGCCUUCAGGGAGUUGGCUGAGGCAGUCUGCAAGCGCACAAGAGAAUUCAGUGUGCAGGGCUUGACGAAUGCAGUAUGGGCAUAUGCGACAGCAUGUUACACGGACGAACACUGGUUCAACGUGGUGGCACGCGAGGUCCUGAGCAGAGACCAUGCCGAAUUUGAGCCCUUGGACGUAUCAAAUUGCUUGUGGGCGUACGCAGCAGUCUUACACAAAGACUCGAGCAUGAUUUCUCGACUGACGUCCUUGGGCAAGGUGAUGAUCGCGGAGCUCUCCGCACAGAACUUGGCCAUCAGUGUCUGGGCAUUGGCAUCGUUGGAGGUUCGCGAUCACCAAUUUUUCGAGCGGGCUGCCGAUCCUUUCGUCGCACGUCUUGCAGAAUGCAAGACUCAAGAGCUUAACAACAUGCUUUGGGCCUAUGCCACGGCCUGUGUGAGAUUGCCGUGGUUGUUCAUCAAAGUGUGCAACCAUGCAAGAGCGGUGGGCUUGGAAGAGUUUAAAAUGCAUGAGCUUUCCAUCAUGAUGUGGGCACACGGAACUGCUGGGGUCUGUAACCAUGACUUCUUCGACGAUGUGGUGGGGGAAGUCUUGGAAAACCGUGGAAUUGAGAGCUGUGCCCCUAGGGAGGUGGCAAAUGCUGCAUGGGCGUACAGCACCAUCAUAGGGCGGUGCCAUUGGCCUUGGAUGGAAGCUGUGGCUGGAUUUUCGGAGUCUCACAUUUGUGAGUUUGACAUGCAAGGCAUUGGAAACGUUUUAUGGUCGUUUGCGAAUGUCGUCACGUACAGCAAAGCGCUCCUGGAAGUGGCCUGCAGCGAGACGGCUAAGCGAGUAAGACAGGAUCCUCAGUCAGCCUCUCACAAUGUUGCACAGGUUCUGAGUGCAGCUCAAGCAGCAGGAGCCCUACAUGUGGAGCUUCUUGAAGCGGCUGUGGAUGCCUUUUUAGGUCACGACUUUGCCUUAGAAGCUUCAAAGUCCUCCAUGCAGAGCAUCACUGCUCGCGAGCUUCUGAUUUUGGGCAACGCCGCCAGGCCUGCUUCAGACAGGCUUGGAGGUCGGUGGAAGAGGCUGAUGGAUUACCUUGAUUUCCAUAUUUUCCAUCCCUUGCGGCGUGCUGUUCCUUCCAUCUCAGAGGGCCACGACAACUGGUCAAGCAUGGAAGAUUGCAUCUCCGAGCUAGACUUGGAUCACCUAGGGGUAGGGUUUACCGCGCAAUUCUUGGCAGACAUCAAUGCAGUCAGCUCAACUGAAAUAUUUGGUGGCUCUGAAAGCUCUGGAUCUGACUGGAUCAAGGAAGCGGCUGCAGCUUGUGCCAUUGAAAGGGAGCGAGCCAUACGGGCAGGACAAGCAGAAGCUGCACCCCUCAACCAGCAGAAGCUUGUGCGACAGCUGGACAAGGUCAAUAAAAGAGAGAUUGUUGCAUGGGUUCGAGUUCAUGCCGCAGGUAAGACUGAGCCUGGUCGUGCGUUCAGUUGGCAGUUGGAAGCAGAGACCUCAAAAGAGAGCAGUUCGGCAUCGCGACUCCUGAAACCACUGAUGACACGGAGCCGUGUGGCGCCCAACUUGGUGGGCGAGCACGACCGCAGUGGUCAUGCAGAGCGUUGCGCUCUGAUGCAAGUGACGGCCGAUUUGCUGGACGGCACCAGCCCAAACAAUGGUUGGAGGAUCAAAGGAGAGCUUUUCCUCUACGUUACACAUUAUCCCUGCAUCUCCUGCGUUUGCGUGAUUGCUCAGUUCUCACGGCUGUUUCCGCAGCUUGCCAUCCAUCUGGCUUAUGCAGAUGGAAGAUCGCAUGCCCAAUCAUUGGUCUCCUUUUUCCUUCGUCAAUUCACCCAGAACACCUGCAGGCCCAUGUCCUUGCGGCAUGAUCUGUCUGUGCAUUGGGCAGACAAGCCAGAGUACUGGAAUCGAGUUUACAACGUGCAGGGCCAGCAUGGCCGUUCGCUGUUCGAAUGGUACGGACUCGGCUACCAGCAACUGCGAAGCUCUGUUUUGGAGCUUCUUGCGGCAACUCCUUCGGCGCCUUCAGAGUCAAGGCUGCUGGUGCUGGGAAGCGGGGACUCUGCGCUGAGUGCAGAACUGGCUUCGGACGAGGCCCUCCAGAAGAAGAGCUGGCAGGUCACUAGCAUCGAUUUUUCUGCAGAGGUGACCGAACGGAUGCGCCAACGGUUCCCAGGCUUAACAUUUCUGACAAUGGAUGCCAGGAACAUGUCGGACUUCGAUGACGGCCACUUCGCAGCUGCCGUUGACAAAGGUUUGUCUGACUGUCUGGGAACGGUCACAGCGCGGCAAGAGUAUUUCCAGGAGGUGCGGCGGGUGCUUCGUUCAGGUGGCCAAUUGCUGGUGGUUUCCCAACGUCGGCUGUGGGCUGGUCAGGAUUCUGUCUCCGAUGGCCUUGAGGCAGAGGACGCAGCUGACCUCCGCGAGCCGCAUUUGGAGGCACAUGAUCUUGGACCUGGUUGGUCUUGCAAGGAGAAGGAGAUGUACGGCCCACUGUUUAUGGAGAGCGACCCCAAGCAACCGCCAUUCCCACAGCCGGGAACAGAAGGCACCAUUCCUUAUUUCGUGCUGACUUGCCAUGUUCUCGCUGAUGCCAUGAGGGAAAGCGAGAUCUGA